UUCUUUUGAACUCCAUGGAUCGUCGAAAAGCGUUGCAAAUGCUUAUGUUCGACUCCGAUUCUGAUGAUAUCUGGCACGAAAACGUUACGAAGGCAGUGAUCGCACACGUGACACUCUUAAAAGCUUGUCACGACGCCAACAGGAGAAGUGCCCGCAAACGACACCGUCGCAAUCGGAGGCCCCUCGCCGCCGUUGGGCCCACGGGCACCGGAUACGACUCAUGCGUAAUCAGCGACGCCGGUACCUCAUUCAAGGCAAAGAACAAGAACAGGAAAAAGAAGAAGUCUCUAUCCCCGCAACCAAACAACCCCCCAGCCACGGAAUCGCUGGGCAUUUUAGCAGCGAGGGAGGAAGAACUCGCCAACAAUAGGAGGCGGAAACGACGCCGUCUCGCUCGCGGGGUAAUUACGCGGCCUAUCGGCGACACUGGGCCCACUCACACCGGGUCUCCCAGUCCUUCUUUAAUCAGCGAUGCUCGUACCCCAUUUAAACCAAACAAGAUAAAAAACAACCCCAUAUCCCCGCAACCAAACACCCACGCCCACCCACCCAAAAUGGAAUCUCAAUCGCUCCAACCCAAACAGAUCUUCAUCUUAUCGGGCCAGAGCAACAUGGCAGGCCGCGGUGGCGUUUUCAGAGACGACCAUCACCACCAGCAUUGGGACCGCGUCGUUCCGAACGAGUGCGGCCCCCAUCCAUCCAUCCACCGCCUCAGCGCGCAUCUCCAGUGGGAGCCCGCGCGCGAGCCGCUUCACGCCGACAUCGAUGCCAAGGUCUGCGGCGUGGGGCCGGGGAUGGCGUUCGCGAACGGGGUGAGGGAGCGCGUGGGGGUGUUGGGGCUCGUGCCGUGCGCGGUGGGCGGGACGGCGAUCAAGGAGUGGGCGCGUGGGGAGCACUUGUACGAGAGUAUGUUGAAGAGGGCGAGAGAGAGCGUGAAGGGUGGGGGUGAGAUGAAAGGAUUGUUGUGGUACCAAGGGGAGAGUGACACGUCGACUCAGCAUGAUGCUGAUGCGUACCACGGGAACAUGGUGAAGCUCAUUGAGAAUGUGCGCGAGGAUCUUGGCUUGCCUUCGCUUCCUAUUAUCCAGGUGGCUAUUGGGUCUGGGGAUGCGAAGUAUAUAGAGAAAGUGAGGGAGGCCCAAUUGGGAAUGAAUGUUCCAAAUGUGGUUUGUGUGGAUGCGAAGGGGUUGGAGCUCAAAGAUGACCAUCUGCACCUGACCACCAAGGCCCAGGUUCAAUUGGGUCACAUGUUGGCUGAUGCUUACAUCAAACACUUUGUAUAAUCAGAAGCCAAUGCUCAUCCUGCCCUUUAAAAGUAAACACUCAAAUUUCGUUGUGUUUGUUUGUUUGUCGGUCUCCUUUAACUUGUUGGCUUUGUGCUACAACUAAAUAUCAGUACAUCUUAAGUUCGACGACGGUCGGAGACUACCGGGCCUGAUACUAAACCAUUAGAUCUUUGUUGAUGGGUCUUAUCUUUGUUUGAUUACACUGCGGUCCGUUUACUCAUUGAAUUAACAACAUUAUCAUCGUCACUUUC